AUGACUUCAGCUCCGUUUCUAGGAUUGCGCCCGCUCGCCGCGGGCGGCAGCACAGGAAUUCCCAGACACGAGGACCCUCGCCCGGAGGUGACGUACGACGGCCCAAGCAUGAAGUGGCUGAUCGACAACCGAAAGCUCGCGCACCAGAUCGUCGCGACGCACCAGUUCGCGCCGUCAGGUCGCAUCCUCGACGACGAGCAGCUCGACUUCCUCCGCGCCUACGUGGACGACCCGACGCCGUCGGGCGUCGAGCAGCUCGCUCGUGAGCACGGGUUCUGGAACGACGGGCUGAACAGGAUGGACAAGCAGCUUGCGCUGGCGAAGGGCAGCUUGGUCGGCUACGCCAUUUGCGUUGGGGCUUUCGACGGGCCGAGUCUGGAACUGUUGAAGCAGUGGUUUGAUAGUGGGCUGAGAUCAGGAAACUGAAAGAUACCUGGAGAGUUGGGAGAUUUACUUUGUUCACGGAUACGAGGGGGAAACCAAGAACAGUGGAUCCAUGAAUCGAAAAAGAUGUAAUUAGCUAGCUCACUUAUGAAUGUACGACACGAAAUAACC